AUGUCGAUGAAUACUACUGAAUUUCGCAAAUAUGGCAAAGACAUAAUUGAUGUGGUAUCGGAUUACUGGGAUACAAUCCGAAAACGAGAACCACUACCAGAUGUGCAACCUGGAUUCAUGCGCCCACUAAUACCGUAUGAUCCACCGAUGGAAGGUCAGCCGUGGGAAGAGAUCUUUAAAGAUCUUGAAAAAGUGGCCAUCGGCGGCAAUACUCACUGGCAGCAUCCAAACUUCUACGCUUACUACCCCACUACCUGCUCAUACCAGGCCAUUAUGGGCGAUAUCCUAAGUGGCGGACUUGCCAGCAUUGGAUUCAGCUGGAAAUCUUCUCCAUCGAUGACGGAACUGGAAAUUUGUGUGUUGGAGUGGUUAGCGAAGGCACUUGCGUUACCGAAAGAGUUACAUGGUGAAUCCAGUAUCGCAAUAAUCCAGAAUACUGCAAGUGACGCUACCUAUGUUGCCAUCCUGGCUGCUAGAGGACGAGUGACCGAGCGGAUCAAAGUUCAAGAGAAGGCGGUCGAAUAUCACGAAAAAGAAACGGUAAUUACGGAUGAUGGAGUAGAUAUUGGCAACUUAUAUCAUUACCCAUAUCAUGAUCCAUCGAUCAUGACGAAGCUUGUUGCAUAUUGCUCUGAUCAGGCUCAUUCAUCAGUGGAAAAAGGAGUAAUGCUAGCAGCAGUGCGUCUUCGAAAGUUAAGAUCAGUUCGAGGCGGCCUCUUUGAUAAUUUUUGCGUUACACCGGAAGUACUCGAAGCUGCAAUCAAGGUGACUGAAUCGAUGCGAAAAAAGAAACACGCAUUUUUUCAAUGACU